AUGGCGGCGGAAGUGAUUGGUACUGCCUCUGCUAUCACAACCUUUGUGACCUUGGCCCUCGAGGCCACCAUCCUUCUCUCUCAGACUGUAAAAAGCUUUCAGUCUCGGGAAAAGCUCAUUCGUGAACUUCGAGAAGAAUUACAAGAUCUCCAGGAAGUCCUGCAGAUGCUGCAGUUGUUACUCGGCAAUAUUGACGUCGAUAUUACGGUCCUCAAGCGACCUCUUGAGAGAUGUGCCAGUGCUUGUACCGACUUCAACAAACUAGUUACUCAAUGUACACAAAAUUCCUCGGACAAACGUUAUAGUAAGCGAGACUGGGCGAAGCUACAGUAUAUGGGUAAAGAUAUUUCAGGCUUCAAGGACAUGGUAGCCGGAUACAAAUCAACAAUAGCAAUCGCCCUUGCAUAUGCGAAUCUUCGAAAAACAAAUAUUACGGAAACUGUCCUCGCAGAAUAUAAGGAGCUCAUUGAGAAUACACAAUGCGAUCUAGAAAGUCAUCUACAGGACAUUCGAGCAAGACUGGAGACCAUGUCACUUGACGGCUCGAGAAUCACAAAAGUCGAUGCAGUGGAGCUCCAAAGAAUGGAAGACGAGAAGCAAAGUACUCAGAAGAGCCUUGAUAUCUGUGAGCACUUUCUGGCUCUCAUGGAAGAGUCACGAUCUAGCCUGCUAGGAGACCUAGAAAGUGCUCCUGAGAAAUCCUACCAGGGACACUUUCGUGAUAUACCCUCGCAAUCUUCUUUGAUCAAUGAGGAGGGGUUGAGUUCAACGCACAAAGAAUUUACUAGGUGGAAAAUUCAACUAAUGCAGCAUCUUUUCAAGGUUGAUAAACAACUUCCAGUAACCCGAUUUGAUAUUCCACUGCUGAGUGAUGGACUCAGCACUGAGCAACAGAUUUUUCAGGAAGAAGUCAAAGGCAUUGAAGACUUAUUGGAGUUCUGUAAGCGGGUAGGGAAAGAAGCGCAUCAGCCACGCACAAACUACUAUGAGGACGUCACUGCAGGAGACAAUAGCAGGGUAGCAGUGGUAACAACUCUCAAAGACCUCAUUUCUGUCAAGCGCAUCAAAUCAGGUAACGGGUCACAGCUGGCUUUAGGUCAAAUGUCGGACGAUUCUUUACAAAGCUUUUUCGUCCAUCCUACGUCCCCAAGUCUCUCCACAAGCAAAUAA